AAAGAUUGUUUGUUACCAUAACCAAAUUCCGAAUCGAAUUCAGACAGAGUCUAAAUUUUACUAAUAACAAAAAAAUCAAUGAUCCUAAAGUGAUUCGUGUGCAAACUGGUAGCAUAAUCGCCAAGAUGCUGUUAAAAGAAAUUGCCCGAUUUUCGCUGCAACAUCGCACCCUGUACUGUUACUUGAUACUGAGCAUUUGGAUAUUUUUGCUGAUAGCAGGCAUGUACAAGUACAUCGGCUCCAUAGAAAAUGGUAACAAUCUACUGAAUGCGAAAGGAUUCGGCUACCGCAAAACGGAACGGUUUCUCACUGAGGAGGGCGACUCAACGGAUAGGAUAAGAAUAAAAGAGAUCAACCAGACUGACUGUACCCAUCCGUUUGCAAUCGUGGCGGGUGAGGAAGGCGGUUCCCUGGAGGGUUGGACAUUGCAGGGCGUAUUGCUGCUGAUACGCCAUGGUGACCGUGGCCCAAUGGCACAUGUGCGUGGUAUCAAUGAAGUGGAUUGCGGAUAUGAAAACGAUCCUACCCUUGCGAGAUACAUCAACUUCCUGCAGAACACUACCACCGGGAGCACUAGUGGUGGACACUGGAUGAAAACGGGCCCAUUUCACGGGUUUCCUUUACUGCCGGCCGCGUCGAAGCUCUGCUUGCUGGCACAGCUAACACAUAAAGGCAUUGCCCAAAUGCUACACGUAGGCGAUAUCGUUCGACAGGCUUAUGCGAACGCCCUGGGACUCUAUACGCGAGUCCCAAUCAGCACCCAGAGAACUACACCCUUUAAUGGUUCCGAUUUCAUUUCCAAUCCAACCUCUAGUUUUCAGUAUGUGGUGGAUGACGUCGUCAUUUAUUCUACUCGCUACCGUCGAACGUUUCAAUCGGCUAUGGCACUGCUGUUCGGUGUACUGCCACCCGAGAAAUGGCUAGCAAUGCAGAUACAGGAGAGCCACAGUUUAUCGUACUGCUUUUCGGAUUGUGCCUGUCCACAGGCGGAGAAGCUGAAGAAACAACUGGCAAGCGAGAUGAACGGGCAUCUGUCAAAGCAUCCAGCGAUUGGUGCGAUAGUCCAGUGGAUUGGUGCGGCCUUGCUACAGAAUCCACAGGCGGCUGGGCAACAGAUAAAUCCUCUCGAAAUUCGUGACGCACUAUUGGCACACAUUUGUCAUGCAGCUCCAUUACCCUGUCGGAAGAUACACAGCAACGUGCCGUCAGCUGAUAGUUACCGAUACGGCUCGAAAACCGGCAGCAGCUCAACGCAAGACCCCCUUGGGCUGGAUGUUAUAAACAUCGAUCUGGAUGAAGCCACCCUGAGCGGAGGUGGUGGUGGUCCACCCAUCAAUACGGAACAGCCAGACGACUCGGAUACAACGGAGCAGGAACCGGAAAUUGAGGGAUGCGUCGAGAAAAGCCACGUUCUAGCCCUAAUGUCGUACAUACACUGGGCCGGUAUGAAGGAACUGUACAGCCAAUCAAUGCGCCAGCAGGGCCUACUACGCUCGUAUGGUUUGAUGCGUAACAUCGUAGCCUACAUGUUGCGAAUGAUCUCCGGCGAUCGGGUAAAAUUUGUGCUUUACUCGGGGCAUGAUAAAACGCUUGAGUAUCUGAUCGCUUCGCUGGGUGUUCAGCUCGAGAAUCCGUUCAUACCGUACGCGUCGCGGAUGGUGUUUGAAGUGUACAAAAGCGAUAAGGACACGCAGUACUACUUCCGGCUGGUUUAUAAUGGGCGGGACGUCACGAACACUAUCGACGUAUGCGAGAGUGGCAAGAGUCUGAAUGUUCCAAGGGGUAUUCGGGGCGGCAGGGCCCAUUUGUGUCCGAUCGAAAAUAUCAUUCGGUUUAUUCAUGACGAUUAUUUUCUGUCCCUUAAUGCUACCAACUACAAGGAUGCUUGUAUGGCGCAGACGAAGCAGGAUGGAUUUUUCUAGGAAAACUAUAGUGUAACCAUGCCACAAGCGGAAAAUGUUGUUCGUUUUUGUUAAAGUACGUGUUGCGUUGCUAAAUGGAAGAGGAUCUACUUCCUACCUGUGAUAUCUCUGUAGUUAUUAUGUCUUCAGCAGCAAACAGUGUCGAUAUCAGCUGAUCAUUCAAUACUUUGAUGAGUUAGUAAUUUGAAUGAAUGAGAAAUUUGAAUUGCUAGCUCAAUAGGGUCAGUGAGAUAAUGUCGCAGAAACAAAGCUUCAUAAAAGAAGGAACUAAUUGAUGCCAUCGAAAACGAUACAUAUCAUUGAUGACGCAAGGACAACACCGUCCUAUAAAUAUUUUUAAUGUUGUAAGUGUUUACAGAUAGAGUAUAUUCAUGUGUCAGACAUAAC